UAAAAAGGCAAAAGAAUCAAAAAAGAGUACAAAAGCCUUUUUCACUUCCAUUUUUCCAUUUUUUUCUCCAAAACGCAAGGUGGCACAGAAACAGAGCUCCAAAAAUUACAGAGCCAUACAUGGUCGUCACUGCCUGGUCCAAAUUCCUUUCAAAAGAUUGUAACAUCCUGUAGCCUAAAAGACAAGAAAUACAGUGCAGGAAGCAGCUAACUGUUCUGUUUCACUGAUUUGCUUCCCCCAUGGACAGCUGUCUGGAUAGUGUUUCGCAUGAUGAGAAUGAAGAUAAGCCAAAAGGUGAAGAAGCUGAAUCCACUCAUAUUGAGAUCAAGAAGAAAGAGUUUUUAAAACCAGUUCCAAAUUCUGAAACUAAUGUUCAAGUUAACAUUGUCAAAGGGAAAGAUGGUCAAAAUGUUAAUCAAGAUGCAUCCCCUUUAGAGAUCGAUGCUCCCGGGGAAGUAAUGGAUGCCUCCAUAUUAGAAGAUGAUGUUAUACGAGCAGGAGGUUUUGGUGCUAGAGAUGAUCUUAGCAGUUUUCUUCCAGUUGCAAGUGAUUCUACUGACUUUGAAGCCAUGAUACGUGAUGCCCGUGAAUAUGAAGAACCUCAGGGUGAAGUAUGCAGACCAGGUCUUGGCUGGAAAGAAACUACUACACAAAAGUAGUUGCCAGUUACUGCCAUUGCAUGCCUCUUCUACGUGACUGUUGUCAGGUUUUCAAAACAGAGCACAAACUUUCCAGUUGCUAAGCAAAUGGGCUUGAUUGGCCCCUACUUACUACAAUGCAUGCUAUUUCAGUUUAGUGAAUUUGAGUCAGAAAAUGAGGUCCCCACUCAAACAUUUUAAUCAACAGCAAGGUAUGUGUUUCUUAAUUUAGCUUAAAUUUUAUAUUCUUAUUCUGUUUUUUUUUUUGCUUAUCAUUAAUAUUUAAAGAAUCACUAUGAUUUUGACUAUGGAAUACUUGGUAUAAGAACUUCCGGCCGACCCCUCGACGGUGAAGUUUUAAGCAUUUCUGGUGAUUUUUUCUGGACUUUUAUGUAUUAUUUGUUUAGUUUCAGAAAUGGUUAGUGGUCCUAUGGUUGUUGAAAGAAAUAAUAGCAAAAAAGAGAAUAUGUUAUACUGAUUUUGAAAGAGCUGAUUUUUAGAGCAUGUUUAAUAUUAGGGCCUUAUUAUAUAUAUUGUGUAGUCAUAGUCAUUGUUAAGUUGACAAGAUUUGAUGUAAUAGUAGUAAGUUAAAGGCUACUAGAGCAUGGCUAGGAAAGGAGUCAUGUGGAGCCUCUUGCACGUGACCCCCUUGUGGGAAAAAAUAUGCCUGUCAUGAUCUUGGUUUUUGGUAUAACUACCAGCAACCUCAUAUGCAUUAUAUAUCACGAGAAAAAGAAAAAAAAAAUACUCUUUAGGGGUCUGAUAGUAACAUGUGAGAUUGAUUAGUCAUAUAGAUUCUUAUAUAUGUAUAUAUAUUUUUGCACUUGAAAGAAGGGUGGUUGUUUUCUAAUGAAAAUUCCUUUAAGGUACAUUUGAAUAGUCAAGAGUCCUACUACUAGAGUUUCAUAUCAUCUUAUACAGAUACCCCACUAUUUUCCAUUAACUUAAGCUGAAAAUUCCAAUUUCUCUGUUUAUUUUGAUUUUGAUUUUUUUUUUCCAAAUAAAAAAAGGUAUAUACUAGAGAUCUUUGCAAUGCAUACCUUGUGUAUAGAUACACCCUCUUGUGUGUUUUUAGUUCCUGAAUAGUUAUUUUGAUUUUUUUUUUUAUAAUUAUUUGUUUUAAUAUUGUGAACCGAAUACACAGAGGUUAAUGCACACCUUGUGUAUCGGUACACCCUCUUGUGUGUUUUUAGUUCCCGAAUUGUUAUUUCUUUAUUUAUUUUAUUUAAUUCGAUUUUUUUUGAAAUUUUGCAGGAUGUAUCAAACAAUUACAAUAAAUUAUCUUAGCAUAAAUUGAAUUCAAAAUUAUUCCGGAACCGAAAACAAGAAGAGGUAAACCCCUAUACCACAUAAAAUCUCUGUAUACUAUAUUGUGUGAUGGAUGGAUAGAUAGAUAUAGAUAUAUGCAAUUCUUGUUGGUUUCAUGUCAGUUUAUAUCUAAAAGGCAUGCCUAAGCGCAUAAACUCUAAUUGACACAAAUGGGGUGGGGGGGGUAUGGUAUCAUCUUUUCUUUUGGUACAAUUUGCUCAUGUAGGGGCCGUAGGAGGAGUUUGGAGAGAGAGCUUAUUGUGAAGGAAGAGAAAUGAGAGGGAUAUUAAAAGAGAAAAAGAUAUUAGAAGUAUUAGUAGUGGACACAAGGAUUAUAGUUUGACAAAGUAGAAAAAAAAAAAAAAUACCAAGUGACAAUAUAACCUAUCAACUAUUGGCUUAAAGAUCAGAUCAGCCCCUCCCUCUACUUUCCACUGCUGAUUCAUAUAUAUCAGAAAAACACACUUGUUUUUUUUUUCUUCUUGCAUGAUAAGCACUGAUUCUUUAGGUCAUCUUGUUGGGACAAUAGCUUUGUCACCUAGGGACCCAUCUCACCCCAUCUUAAAACUUUGGAUUGUCAUUGGUCCCCUGCUUUAGCCAAUUAUUUUGUUUACUUACAUAUUUUAAUCUUUUGCUUCACAAAGUAUAGGGUAAAUAUACAGUAUAGGGCCUUUUUGGUACGCCCUAUAUUUGUUUCAGCGAGAUUUUUUUAAUCUAUUUCUUUUUUCAUAAUUGUGUUAAAUUUUUUAAAAUUUUUGAAUAGUUUAUAGUGCGAUAUUUUACUGCACUCCUAACUGUUUUUUAAUGCACGUAAAGUAAUUGUUUCAAUUAUAUUUUCGGUUUAAAUUAUUUUAAUUUUUUUGAAAAUUAUUUAUUGUUUGUACUUUGUAGUGUGUAAUUUGAGUGUGUGAGUUAGUAAAGUAUAUUAUAUUAUAGGUGCACAAAUGUGUAUAUAUAUUUUAUAUGUAUGAAUUAUUAUAAUUAUAUAUAUUUAUAAAAUAAUUUUUUUUAUAAAUUUUAAAUAAUUUAUAGUAGAUAAUUUGAAAAUUAUGUGCUCUUGUUUUUAUUUAUUUGACGUGUUUAAAACAUGCAAUGGGUUUUGAAGUUGUGUAAAUUAUUUAUAUAAUAUCUUAAAUAUCUACAAUAAAUAUAUAUAUAUAUAUUCACUGUAUAUAAGUGUAUGAUAGAAUAGAAAUUGAUUUGUGAGGAAGUCCCAAUUAUUUGGGGUUUAGAAGGUGAUUUUGAUUUUAUUUAAGGCCCCCAAGAAGAUUCUAACACCCCCUUUUACGUGUCACCGUUGGGUUUUAACAACUAGUUGUGGUUGGGGGACCAUUGACCUCACCAUCAAUACAAACUAGUACACACACACUCUUUUAUUUGCUUUGUUUUGUUUUUAUUUUAGAUCAUAAUUUGGUUUCUUACAUUUAUUAUGUGGUAUUCGUUAAACUUGAUGAAUCAUCUAGUGGUCAUAAUAAGUUAUAUCAAAGAAUUUUUUUAGUGCAAAACUAUUCAAAUGACCAAGCAAAGGCAUUAUUAAUUAGGGGUGGACCCACACAUAGGCGAGGGGGACAUGAAUUUUAGUUAGUUACCACAUAUAUUUAUAAUAAAAAAUGAUAUUUAUAAACAUCAAAUUAGUUUUAGUGUAAUAGUUCAAUUCUUAUGAAGAGCAUUUUUUUUUAAGUUUACUUUUGCCUCCACUUUAAAAAAAAAAAAAAU